UUAUCGGAAAAUACCGAUUAUAAAACUGCUCAGAAUUUUAUCGUGCGAAAAAGUUUUGUAUAGCGUUUUUUGAUUACAUUUCUAUCACUGUCAAAAUAUCAACAGUUUCUGGUUUUAAAAUGGGUGGUGGAUUCUUAGCAAAGCGUUGGAAAUUUAAACAUUUGUUAUUUUGCUCAAUGCCGCGUUCGUUUUCCAACAUAAGUACUAUACAAAUGGCAUAUACACUUUUUGGGAAAAAUAACUCGCAACUUUUGCCUUUAAUAAUAAUGCAUGGGCUUUUUGGUUCGCAGCGUAAUUGGAAAUCUGUAGCACAAAAAUUGGAGAAAAAGGUGGACAAAAUGAUAUAUACUGUAGAUGCGAGAAAUCAUGGUGAUAGUCCUCAUACAUCUGAACAUAGUUCUGCUAAUAUGGCAGCAGAUGUUACAGAAUUCAUGAAAAGUAGAGGAAUUACAAAGACAUGUGCAAUGGGGCAUAGCAUGGGAGGCAGGACCAUGAUGCACUUAGCACUUAAAAACCCUGAGUUAGUGGAUCGGGCAAUUAUUAUUGACAUAUCUCCCAUUGCAGUGCCAGGAGAUUUUCAUCAUAUGGAUGAAAUAUUUAAAGCAAUGGAUAAAGUCCAAAUCCCUACGAAAUAUUCAAUGGGAGAAGGGCGCAAAAUAGCUGAAAAUCAAAUUAAAAAAGCGGUGGGAGUCCAAGCAACUGUUGAGUUUAUAUUAAUGAAUUUAAGAAAACGAGAUAAUGGAGAAUUCUAUUGGAUUCCUAAUAUUAGUACUCUUCACAAGAAUUUGAGAUUAUUCAACGACUUCAAGGAGCAUGUGAAGGAUUUACCACCAUUUAAAGGGCCAGUGAUGUUCAUCUGUGGAAAUCAAUCCAAUUUUGUCGAAGCAUGGUAAUAUUACCUGCGUGGCGAAUAAUCUUUAAUUGUGAAAUCGAUUUCACAUAUAAUGGGGGACAAAAAAAGAGGACACUCUAGAUUUAUAAUAAGGAAGGAAAAUAAAAACAUUUUAUUAUAGCUGAAUAAUGUACUUAAUAUAAUUAAUAUCCACUCUUAUAAUAGGGUUUGAUUUGUUAAUGCUACAUCAAUGUAAAGUAAGUGUCCCGUUUUUUGGAUGUUUGUAUAGAGGAAGUGGAAAUGUUACACAUCCUUUGGACUUUUACUGCUGUUGGAACCUGCAGUAUUAUUAAAUAAAGAAGUACAACUUUUUA